CGUCAUUAUACCGUUUCGUGGUGCGUCGUGAAGAAGCGUUCUUCCAGUCAGUACCCAUACCGUAUGAAAAAAGGGCUCUCGUGAACUCGUGAACAACAAGCCGCCUAUGCAAAGCGGAACAAAAUCAUAACAAACAACAAGGGUUGGAAACUUGCGCCGAAAACAUCAUCAGUUUUUUUAAGAAGCUGUGUUAGCAUAAAAAAGAGUCAUGCAGCCAUUUAAAGUUGCUGAUUGCAUUCAUUGCGGUUUUGAAGUUUAACCAGAUUGUCGCGAAGUGGUUUUCAACUGGAGUUUAGCGAUUGCAUUCUGUUUAGUGACUGUUUCUAAUAUAGACACGUUUCGUUUUAUUGUGAGCCCCCUUACCCGUAUGAUGAAAAAGUUUACUUGUUAAGCACAGUGCCAUUCUCCAGAGACUAGUGCUAGCAGCUAAACAAGAGAAACCCGAAAGAAGACCGGAAUGAAUUGCGUGUUUUGAUGCAAUCCCCUUAUAGCAGUAAUAUUCUGCCAACGCGAGUGUUUUACUUUUCGGAGGACCUGUUUCUCAUUCAAUCACCGAAGCAGUGGAGGAAGCACGCAAUAGCCUCAUCAGAUAUAGAGUAGGUAGCAGAAGUUGGAAGUUAAAGUGAGUCAUUCGCAUCCGUGCGCCGUGGAAAGUGCCAAGCGUAAAAGGCGUCAAAAUCGAUAAUUUUCUCGCGAAAGUUUGUCUUAAUUUUACUUUCAUUUUUGGUGCAAUUUUUAUCCUACACGGUCACAAUGAACGUUUAUAACUCGGGUAAAAUAUUUGCCUUCGACGUUGAUAUGCUGGGCAACGAGACGGAGGAGAUAUCGAUGAUGCAUACUGCCCAAUGCAACGAAUCGCCAGGAGGGAUCCACAAUGCUAUUGGAGGUGGAGCUGGUGCUGCAGCGCUCAGCAUGUCGCAGGAGAAUAUCCCCGGAGGCUUACCGAACGAAAUUUCUGCCCCAUACGAAGUGCCACAGUUCCCCAUCGAGCAGAUCGAGAAAAAGUUACAGCUUCAACGGCAGUUAAAUGCGAAGGUAAUGGAACAGGACCGGCACUCCGUCGUGGCGGAAAUUCACCCGGACGAGCAGAUACCGUUCGAGGAUCACGAUUUCGUGGCCCACUUCCAGCGGGUUUCGAUCUCCGGUGAGGACACCAGCGGUGUUCCCUUGGACGAUCUGGAACGGGCCUCUACCCUGCUGGUCAAGGCACUGGAGCUACGGCUCAAGUACAUGUGGAACUCGCAUCAGGCCUUCCCGCAGACGACGGCACGGUUCCUCAAGUCAUCACACCCGGAGAAGUACACCCAUCAGAGCAAGAUGUCCAUCGAAGACCACCCAGUAAACCCUCCCCAGAGCACCGAGUCGCCGUGGCUGAUCGAGUUCCCGAAGGACUGCAACUACACGGUCCGCUCCAACAACGGUGUCUUUGAGGUGUUCCGGGAUGCUGAAAGUACGGAACCGUUCCCGUUCGAGUACACAAAACUGCCAGUCUUUGUACAGGACAUGCAGAUGAUGUGCUCGAUGAUCGCCGAUGGUCCGCUGAAGUCAUUCUGCUAUCGCAGAUUAAGCUACCUCUACUCCAAAUUUCAGCUGCACGUUCUGCUGAAUGAACUACGUGAGCUUGCUUCGCAAAAGGCUGUGCCACAUCGGGACUUUUACAACAUCCGCAAGGUGGACACACAUAUUCACGCUGCCAGCUGCAUGAAUCAGAAGCACCUGCUGCGAUUCAUCAAGAAGACGUUGAAGAAUAACCCGGACGAAGUGGUGACCGUCACUAAAGGGGAACAGAUGACCCUGGCCCAGGUGUUUCAAUCGAUGAAUUUGACCACGUAUGAUCUGACGGUGGAUAUGCUCGAUGUGCAUGCCGACCGGAACACGUUCCAUCGUUUCGAUAAGUUCAACGCUAAGUACAAUCCUAUCGGGGAAUCCCGACUGAGAGAAGUGUUCCUUAAAACAGACAAUUAUUCGAAUGGAAAGUAUUUUGCCAACAUUAUUAAAGAAGUCGCUAGUGAUUUCGAGGAGAGCAAGUACCAAAAUGCGGAGCUACGGUUGUCGAUCUAUGGUAAAUCACCGGACGAAUGGUUCAAGCUGGCUAAAUGGGCUAUCGAUGGAGACGUUUACUCGGACAACAUCCGCUGGUUGAUCCAGAUUCCCAGACUUUAUGACAUCUUCAAGACCAACAAGUUGAUGACCUCGUUCCAGCAAAUUUUGGACAAUGUAUUCAAACCGCUUUUUGACGCAACCAACAAUCCCAACCAGUUUCCGGAGCUGCACAAAUUUCUACAAUACGUUAUAGGAUUUGAUUCAGUGGACGAUGAAUCGAAACCGGAGAACCCACUGUUCGACGGAGAUGUGGCAACCCCGGAUCAGUGGACAGAUGAUGAAAAUCCCCCGUACGCGUACUACAUUUACUACAUGUACGCUAACAUGACCGUGCUGAACCACUUCCGUACGGAGCGUGGCAUGAAUACUUUCGUUCUUAGACCACAUUGCGGCGAGGCAGGUCCGGUGCAGCAUUUAGUUUGCGGUUAUCUGAUGGCGGAAAAUAUCUCUCAUGGAUUACUGCUGAGAAAGGUACCAGUACUGCAAUAUCUGUACUAUCUCGCACAAAUCGGUAUUGCCAUGUCGCCACUAUCCAACAAUUCACUCUUUCUGAACUACGACCGCAAUCCAUUCCCGGAGUACCUGGCGAGAGGCUUAGUGGUAUCUCUAUCCACGGAUGACCCUCUGCAGUUUCAUUACACCAAAGAACCCCUGAUGGAAGAGUACAGUAUCGCAGCGCAGGUGUGGAAGCUGAGUUCGUGUGACAUGUGCGAACUUGCACGGAACAGUGUUUUGAUGAGUGGUUUUCCGCACAAAAUGAAACAGCACUGGCUAGGACCGAACUAUACCCGUGAAGGAGUCGCCGGCAACGAUAUUACGCGCACUAACAUGCCGGACAUUCGCGUUGCUUUCCGCCACGAAUCACUGGUUGAUGAGUUGUCCAAUAUUUUCAAAGUUCACAGCGAACUUGCUCUGGAGUUGGUCGAUUGAGUCAUUUGGCAUGAUUGCGGUUGCCACCCACGGGACCGGGACGGGAAGGAGAAACUGAGAAUCUUUUGAAUGCGGUGGACCACUUGAAGUGGGCGAGGAUCGUACGUCUAAGGUACGAGGUUUAUGUACUGAUGAGGUAGCUUGAUAUUUUUCAAACGAAACGCGUACCUCGGAAUAUUUAUUAACUUUUAUGUUGAGAUGAAUUUAUCGUUUGUUAGGCCAUUGUGUAAGUGUAAUGUUUUUCUCCUUCAUUGGAAGGACGUAUAAUGUUUCAAAUUGUGUAUUGUCAAAAAGUUUCCAAUAUUUCGCAAAAAUCGCAAAAAAGAAUAUGAAAUUUCUUGUUGUAGCCCUUAUAAUAGAGGAUCAUAUGUACUAUGUUAUGUGAUUGGAAGUAAUAUAUAUUUGAAUUGAUUCAUUCAAACGAUA